AUGUGUCUCAUCUUAGGGUGGCCGGACAAGACAAAGAGAAGCUGCAGCGGCCGGCUGCAGUGUGGCCUCGCCGGAGGAGAGCGCCGAUCGCCGUGGACGACACAGAGCCCUCUUCGGCGGCGCUGUUCGGCAGCCGCCGCGGCGGCGGCGGCGGCGGCGCCGGUGGAGGAGCUGGUAGAGAGCGCGGACGGGUUCCCGGAGCACAAGCAUGAGAUAGUGCGGCUCCUGCAGGCGAACGGCCACGUGUGCGGGACGAUGGGCGACGGCGUGAACGACGCGCCGGCGCUGAAGAAGGCCCACAUUGGCAUCGCGGUGUCGGACGCGACGGACGCCGCCCGGGCCGCCACCGACAUCGUGCUGACGGAGCCCGGCCUCGGCGUCAUCGUCUGCGCCGUCCUCACCAGCUGCGCCAUCUUCCAGCGCAUGAAGAACUACACGGUGAGUCUGGGUCCUCGACGCCAUUGCCAACGCUACAAAUAUUCAGUUCAGUUACUGGGAUUUGCUUGUGAUGAUUUCUACUACCUUGCCGGUGCAGAUUUACGCCGUGUGCAUCACCAUACGGAUAGUUGUAAGAAUGCAGCAGCAAAUCAAUUUAACCUGGUAGUAGAAAUUCCAGUGAUCUUCUUUCCUCUCUGACUCGAAUGGAUGCAGGUUGGGU